CUGGUCAGGUCGCGGAGGCACGUCUGGAAACUUGGAACGCUUGGAAUUUGCCAGGGAAUUUGCACUUCUUCAAGGCUUCAGACUGGCUUCAGACAGCUUCAGAAGGCUUCAGACCUCAAAGAUUAGUUCUCUUUCCCACAUUACAGCACGGGCAUAACACCUAGAAUUUUGCAACUGCCAGCGAAGACUACGGGCAUAUUCCUUUGAUAUCCGCAACUACCUAUAACCGGUACAGCUUUCCCACUAAAAUAACAACCAAUGGACGUCGACAAUUCCUCAGGGACGACCGCCAACGGGGCCGUCGCCUCCUCCAGCUCCGCAGGCGGAUUCUCCUUGGACGCAGACACGUUCAAAAAGAUCCACCCUACGGAAUAUCACAGAAGAUUUCUUUCGCAAGGGGUUCGGGCUGACGGCAGGGAGCUACUGAGAUUCCGGAAGGCAAUAGUCACUGUAGGAGUAAUCAGUACAGCGCAUGGAUCUGCAAUGGUUCGCUUGGGUGAUACUACGGUCAUAUGUGGUGUGAAAGCUGAAGUCACGGAGCCGAAACCCGCUGCCCCAAAGCAUGGAUUUUUGGUGCCUAAUGUCGACCUCCCACCGAUCUGCUCCCCAAAUUCCCGACCAGGACCUCCUAGCGAGCUUGCGCAAACCGUUAGCGAGUACAUCGAUCAAGUCGUGAAGGGCAGCGAGCUUCUCAAUGCCCAAGAUCUGUGCAUCGAACCCGGGCACGCCGUCUGGGUGUUGUACGCCGACAUUGUGUGUCUGAAUCAUGAUGGGAACAUUUUGGAUGCUGCGUUGAUAGCAUUGGGAGCCGCAUUGCGGCAUGUACGACUACCGAAAGCAACCUAUAACGAUGAGUUGGGAGGGACAGUUCGUGUCGCCGAGGAGAAGACGAUCGCAUUGAAGAUUAGGAGGUCACUGGUACCCGUCACGUUUGGCGUAUUUGAUAGCAUAACGCCGUUAGCCGACCCGACCUUCGAUGAAGAACCGCACCUGUCCUCGCGCAUCAGCUACAUCCUCUCCCACCUAUCUACCUCCACACCGUCAGACGCCAUACAACUUGCUGGCUUGUACAACCCAGGCGGGGCACCCGUUACGCGAGCAACAAUGACUACUUGCUUGGCGCAAGCGAAGAAGCGGGCAAAGGAAAUCCUGGCGCUCGUUGAUGAGGCGUUUACGGAUGUCAUUGGCGUAUAGAUGUCGUAGUUAUGGAGCUGUAUGUAGGGUGACUGCAGGGUCUCGCUGCCAUGUCUUCCGUGUGAACGCUUUCACACUUAUAUCCUUUGCCUUUGACGACCAGCGCGUAAUUUAUGGAUUGUUUAGAGGGACUUACCUUGUGUCGCCUACCGACUGAAAGCAGAGGGUGCUCAGGGAGCAAAGAUUUGGAGACGCCGACCGACGAUGGACAUCAUUUCCAACGUCGGAUCCAACGUCUGGCAGACGUUCGUUCGCUUUUUGAUGGGCAACUUGAUCAUUAAAACUGUGUCGGGUGCCUCACUGAAAGUCCAUCCUCUCAAUUUGCGACAGAGCGGAAAUAGGAUCUAGGGAAUGUUCUGUGCUUACGUCACGGUCGCGGCGAGUCGUGGACUGGCGGCC